UUAAAAUGCCUCCUCAUUUUACUUUCAAAUACCAAAAAUCAAAACCAUAGCGCCGGACCAACCAGUGCGCGAGGUCCUCCGACCUCCGCGCCUCUCCGACCACCACCGCCCUACGUCGGCCAUGUCUGAUCCUCUCAACGAUCCAUCCCAAGACCAUGCCUCCUCUGCUCUCCGCAUGGUCUUCCCUCCCCUCCCGCAUGAUCCACACGCGCCGCCUCCUCUCUCGCUCCACAAGCAGCGAUCUUGGUCGCCGGACGCGUACAGAGACGAGGCUUGGUUGCGGAGGAAGAAGAGCAACAAUAAGAAGAAGCAGAGGAGCAAGAGCGUGACCGACGAGGACGUUGACGAGCUCAAGGCCUGCAUCGAACUCGGAUUCGGCUUCGACUCGCCCGAGGCGGAUCAUCAACGCCUCUCCGAUACUUUGCCUGCUCUUGGUCUCUAUUACGCCGUCAACAAACACUACUAUGAUUCUCUCUCCAAACCGUUCACUUUCCCUCCUCCUCCUCCUCGUCCUUCUCCUCCGCCUCUGCCUCCGCCUCCGCCUCCGCCGCCGCCUCCGAUGACGUUAACAGCCUCAACGUCUUCAACUGCGUCAGAUUGCGAAACUCCGUCUCCGAUGGGCAGUCCUCACACCAUGUUUGACCCUGAUGAUACGCCCCAAACAAUGAAGACAAGGCUAAGGCAAUGGGCUCAGGUGGUUGCUUGUUCGGUGCGACAGUGCUCGAGUUGAUUGCUGAUCAUAAUAAAGCGAGAACCAAACAAAGAAAUCUGAGUGAAUAAUCCCGGACCAAACCAGAGUUAUCAUCGUAACCAAACACAUCAACAUCUUAUAUUAUACCUGUUUUGAUUGAUAUGAUUACCCAACCCAACCCAUCCCAUCCCCACACACACCCACUUUUGUUUGGGAUAAUAAUAUCUCAAAAAAGGAAUGGAGGAGAUUGAGAUUGAAAUUAAAAUCAAGAAUUUUAUUUCAUUUCCAAAAAAAAAUAUAUAUAUUAAUGGGAACCAACCUGCCAUGGAUUGACAUUUUUUCUUUUGCUUCUUUUGUGUUUUGAUUUUGGAUUAAUUGGUAAUAUGGUGGUGUUAUUGCUACUUAAGUUUCUGUAUUAUCUUAUUAAGUUUAGAUUACUAGCUAGAUUUGGUGUCAGAAUUUUCAAUAUGAAUGUAAAAAAGAAAGCUUAUGUGUCUCUGAUUGAAUUAGGGUUUUUUUUUAAUUAAUCUAAAAAUUUUGUUUGUAA